AUGUCUCAAAGUAUGGUACAGCAAUUACCCUCAAUUUGCCAAAUUCUCAAACAGAAUAUUAUUACAUUGUUUUUUCCAAUCCCGUUAGUAGCUUAUUCAUUAACAGAGAACAAAUCAAGUGUAUAUAGAAUACCUAACGAAAUCAUUCUUUACUUAGAGAGUGAAACCGAAAUUCAACUUCAAUUCUUUAUUCUUAAAUUUAAUGAGAACUGUGAAGCUCUAGAGUUCAUUAUUAAUCCAUCAAAUGAUAUGAAUUAUUUUUAUGAUGCAGCAGAUAAUGAAAAAUUAUACUCGAAGUUCUAUUGCGCAGCAUUCGUUUCCUCAGAAGAUAUGGACCUCAAGAUUAGUACAGAAACACCAUCAGUUCUCCGUGUAAGUGAAUACACAUUUGAAUACAGUAAAUCAAAUAAUUCUGCAAAAGUAGAUAUGAAGAAUGUUAGAUCAGUAUGCAUCGGAUAUAGACCAGGUGUUCAUUCAUCAGAGAGAAAUUUGAUUAUUAAUAUUACAAAUGCUGCUUCUGAAUUACUUGAUUAUGUUUCAGGAUAUUACAAAUCAGGAAGUCAUUAUAUUACCGAAAAUCCAAUACAAAUUGAUAUGCCAGGAGCUAUUAGAAAACUGCCUGGAACAUAUACAGUUAAUGUAACAAAUAAACCAGUUUCAUAUGUAAUUCCGCAGAAGUCAUAUGUUGUAUUCACUAAAUCUAAAGAUCUUUACGGAUAUGCAACAAGCGGAAAUUCAUUAUUGGAGAUCCUUGGAACUACAAAAAUUGUUACUGUUUAUUACAACAUAUCAGGAACACUACAGUUAUAUACAUAUAAACCUCAAACAGAAGCAAGUUUUAUAAUCUUCAAACUCGAUUUAACAGGUGUUAAUGAUAUUGUUACUGCCGUUGGUUGUCAAAAUAGUGCUUUUGAGUCUAAUGCAGGCCACAAGAAUGUCCUUGUUUCUGCAUUUCACACUGGUACAUUCCAAGUCAAAUGGGAUGGAACUGCUGGUAAAUCAUAUAGAUUUGAUGGAAGUGAAAUUUAUGAUCCAACGAUAUCUGCCCCAUUUUAUACUAUUAUUGAUUCAACAAAUGGAAAUAAAUCUGUGAAGCAUGUUACAAAAGAUAGAAUGGAUAUCACAAAUCCAUUUAUAAUCCAAGGUGAAGAUUCUAACUCAACAUCCUAUUCCAUUCAUGAUGCAGCAUCAUCAAAACAGUUGAAUGCAGGAAGAUAUGAGAAACCAGAUGAUGAUAAUGAUGAUAAUGAUGAUAAUGAUGAUAAUGAUGAUAACGAUGAAAAUGAUGAAAAGAUCGUCCAAGAGUUAACUUCAUUGAAACAAAAGAAGAAAGGAUUGACAGUUUCAACUGCUAUUAUUUCAAUCAUUUGUUUUGCUCUUAUUGCAGUUAUUGUUAUUUUAUUCUUAAAGCAAAAGAAAUUAAAUAAGGAAUCUUCUGGUGCUGGUGAACUUCAUGAUAGUUUAGUCAAGAGUGAAACAAAACAAGAUAAGGCAUCUUAUCCAGCUCCACAACCAAGCCCUUAUGCAGUUUAG